UGUUGCUUUUGAGAUUCGGUCACGCUGACAUGAACACUUACGGUUUGUAGCUGAAAAUAACAAUUAAAUUUAAUUAAUUUGCUUACCACAACAAGAAUAUCACCCAACAAAAUAAAGGAGCGACAUAAAGAUUCAUAGUUGAUUUACGUUUUAAGUGCCGUUCUGUUCCGUUUUUUGUGUUUGUAUGCGCUUUUUGAUAUCCUUUUCAAUUAUCUCUCUCACGCACACACAGCCACUGACACAGACACAGACACAAACACGCAGCUAGCAGCGAGUUGUAUACAUUUUUAUUAUGUGUAAUUUAUGAUUUUUGUGUUAUGUACAAUUUUGAAGCACACACGAGAAAUCACACCCAAGCACAACAACAACAACAAAUACAACAACCACAACAAAAACAUCAAGAAAACACCUGAAGAAUUAGCCAAACAAACAAACUGAAAAAACGCAAAGCCAGCGAAACCCUUUCCACAACAGCUAGAAAAAUGGCCAAAAUGUACGGAAAGGGUAAGACGGCCAUCGAAUCGGAGGAGCAACAAAAAAGACGCUGGCAAAUCGAACUGGAGUUUGUGCAAUGCCUUUCCAAUCCAAACUAUCUCAACUUUCUGGCUCAGCGUGGCUACUUUAAGGAUCCAUCGUUUAUCAACUACCUCAAGUAUCUGCAGUACUGGAAGGAGCCGGACUAUGCCAAGUAUUUAAUGUAUCCGAUGUGCCUAUAUUUUCUCGAUCUGCUGCAAUACGAGCACUUUCGCCGCGAGAUUGUGAACAAUCAGUGCUGCAAGUUCAUCGACGAUCAGGCCAUACUCCAGUGGCAGCAUUACACACGCAAGCGCAUCAAACUGAUCAAUUCGGUGCAGGAGAAUGCAGCUGCAGCUGCAGCAGCCGCAGCAGCAACGACACAACAACAACAGCAGCAGCAGCAGCAACAACAACAAACGCAGCAGCAACAGCAACUUACACAACCACAGCAACAACAACAACAGCAGCAGCAGCAACAACAAAGCAAUGGUGGUGGCAACAUUUUAGCGCCAAGCGAAGCUGCAACAGUGGCAGGCACUGAGGCCACCAAUCCGCAGCAGCAGGCAACGCUGCAGAAUGGCAGCAGCAGCGGCAGCGGCAACAGCUCAACGGCAACAGUGCCAGCAUCCUCACAGAGCAACAGCCAACAGCAGCAGCAGCAGCAGCCAUUGGCGUCCAGGGAGCCAGCUCAAGCUGCAACUCAGGUUUCGUCAGUGAUACAGCAACAACAGCAGCAGCAGCAACAACAGCAGCAACAACAACCACAACAGCAACAACAACAACAGCAGCAGCAACAACAACAAAUGAAUGGCCUGGCUGCCAGCGGAACUAUGAAACUAGAUUUAAAUUAGCAAACGGCUAUUUACACACAAAAAGAAGAGCAAAAUAAAUUAGAAUUAGCGUAAA